AGUGGUCUUUGGAAGAAAGAAACUAAAUGGUGAUAUAAAGUUUAGCCAUGGAAACACCUCCAAAGCUUCCAUUGAAGUUUCGAAUUCUUCUCCGCCUCCAUUCCUUUGCCUCCUUCAUAAGUCGCCGCCCUAACAUCACCGUCAACCGUUUCUUGAUGAGCUUCUUCGACCCCAAAAUCCCUCCUUCUUCUAAACCCCGUUACGGCGUUACCACUAACGACGUCGUUUUCGACCCCUCCCGCAAUCUUUGGUUUCGCCUCUUUCUUCCUUCUUCUUCCGUGCUAGCCGAUAACAUUUCCCUGCCUGUCGUCGUUUACUAUCACGGCGGCGGGUUUGUGUUUUUUUGGGCUAAUUCGAUGGCUUACGAUGAUCUCUGUCGAAGACUCGCACGUGAGCUACGUGUGGUGGUUGUGUCUGUAAAUUACCGCCUCUCUCCGGAACACCGAUACCCAAUUCCGUAUGAAGAUGGAUUUGAUGCUUUGAAAUUUCUUGACGGUGUGGAUUUGAAUUGUGGUGUUUUUCCGGUGAAUGUUGAUGUUAGUCGGUGCUUCCUUGCCGGUGAUAGUGCUGGCGGCAACCUGGCUCACCACGUGGCAGUUAGAGCCGGUAGCCACGACUUCAAGAAGGUGAAGAUCAAAGGGUUAAUUGCAAUACAACCACUUUUUGGCGGAGAAGAGAGAACUGAUUCAGAGAUUCAAUUUAAGGAAUCACCAAUGUUGACCUUGCAACAAACGGAUUGGUCUUGGAAAGCAUUUUUGCCAAAUGGGUCAAGCAGAAACCACCCGGCGGCCCACGUGUUCGGAGCCGGUGUCGGAGACAUGUCGAGCAUAGUGUUUCCGGCGACGCUUCUGAUUGUGGGAGGACGAGACCUGUUACAAGAUUGGCAAAAAAGGUAUUACGAAUGGUUGAAAGAGGCUGGAAAAGAAGUUGAUUUGGUCGAAUAUCCAAAUGCUAUUCAUGGAUUUUAUGCAGUUCCUGAGCUCAAGGAUUCUUCGUUGCUAAUUAAAGAUGCAACUGAUUUCAUACACAAACAUAUGUCACUCUAAAUUGUCAUUUCUUCAAAUUAGCUUUCUUUUAUUCCUUUGUGUUUUUCGGUAGAGUUUAUAUUCAUGUAAUUGUGUUCUUAAUUUGGAUAAGUUAACCAAAAAAAAAAUAAAUAAAUAAAAAAUAAGAUAAAA